UUCACAAAGACUCUGAAUAGUCGAGAAGCAGAGAAAACAAACAAAAACAAUGGCGGUGCCGGCAGCGCCGGUCCUGGACUGCAGCUUGCCUCAGCAAUGGCAGCUGACCACCCUCCUGGUUCUCGUCGUUCCUAUGCUCUUUCUACUCCUCGCAACGAGAUCGGGCAGGAAAGCCCGGCGCCUCCACCUGCCGCCGGGCCCGCCGCGGCUGCCCAUCCUGGGCAACCUGCACCAGCUGGGCGCGCUGCCGCACCAGAGCCUCCGCGUCCUGGCGCGCCGGCACGGUCCCGCGAUGCUGCUUCGGCUGGGCAGCGUGCCGACGCUGGUGGUGUCGUCGGCGGAGGCGGCGCGGGAGGUGAUGAAGGCGCGCGACGUCGACUGCUGCAGCCGGCCGGACACGCCGGGGGCGCGGCGGCUGUCGUACGGCCACAAGGACGUGGCGUUCGCGCCCUACAGCGAGUACUGGCGCGAGAUGCGCAAGCUCUUCGUCGUGGAGUUCCUGAGCGCGCGCCGCGUGGAGGCCAGCAGGUACGCCAGGGAGGCCGAGGUGGAGAAGCUGAUCGGCCGGCUGAGCCGGGCCGCGGGCACGCCGGUGUUCCUGGAGGACCACAUCUUCGCGCUCAUGGACGGCGUCAUCGGCACGGUGGCGUUCGGGAACAUCUACGGCACGGAGCAGUUCGCGCACAGGAAGCACUUCCACGACGUGCUCGACGAGGCCAUGAGCGCCAAGGCCGGCUUCUCCGCCGAGGACUACUACCCCAACGCCAUCGGGCGCCUCGUGGACCGCCUCACCGGCGCCGCCGCCCGCCGCGAGCGGGUGUUCCGGGACCUGGACGCCUUCUUCGACGUCAUCAUCGACCAGCACCUGGACCCGUCCCGCGCCGCGCCGGAGAAGGGCCCAGACCUCAUCGACGCCUUCGUCGCCCUCAUGAGGGAGCGGCGCCACCGACAGCAGGGCGUCGGCUUCACUCGAGACAACAUCAAAGGACUGCUCUCGAACGUGUUCACUGCCAGCGUGGACACGAGCUCUGUGACCAUGGUGUGGGCGAUGGCGGAGCUGAUCCGGAGGCCGGCGAUGCUGAGGAAGGUGCAGGAGGAGAUCAGGGCGGCGGUGGGCGACGACAAGGAGAGGGUGCAGGCCGACGACAUGCCCAAGCUCCGGUACCUGAAGAUGGUGGUGAAGGAGACGCUGCGUCUGCACCCGGCCGUUCCGCUGCUGCUGCCGAGGGAGACCCUGCGGCACGUGGGCAUCUGCGGCUACGACGUGCCGGCCAGGACGAGGAUCCUGGUGAACGCGUGGGCCAUCGGCAGGGACCCCGCGAGCUGGGAGGACCCCGAGGAGUUCGACCCGGGCAGGUUCGAGAGGAACAAGCAGGACGACGUGGGCUUCAACGGCACGCACUUCGAGCUGGUGCCCUUCGGCGCCGGGCGCAGGAUGUGCCCCGGGAUGGCCCUGGGAGUGGCCACCACGGAGUUCACGCUGGCCAACCUGCUCUACUGCUUCGACUGGGCGCUCCCGGAGGGGAUGGCACCGGAGGACGUGAGCAUGGAGGAGGCCGGAGGGCUCACGGUCCGCAAGAAGACGCCGCUCGUGCUCGUGCCCACAAGACAAGAUACACACAAGAGUGCCAGCAGUGCUAGCUGAUGCAUGAUCAAUAUAAUGUUGUAAUAAUCUAAGGUUGUAGGUAAUUAUUUAGGAGUAAGUAAACAUACCUUUAAUGUGGUUUUAUCUAAUUCAACC